CUGAGAGCAGAAGGAGGUCUUUUCAUCUACACUCGGCUUGGCGCUGUGAUUUCCGUGGAUGUGUUGGAUCAUUUCCGUGUUCUCCACUGAGACAAAAGCAGGAAAAGUCAAUUUCUUAAGGUUUAAAGUCCUAGAAAAUCCACAAUGUCCAAAUAUACUGAACGCAUCAGAAACCUAAUCCCGGGUCUGCGCCGUCCAGACAAUGGCCCUCCUCAAGGAGUUACUGUGGAUAUGGGGGAAGCUGAUUUUGAGAAGGAGAAGGACAUGAAAAAAGUGUCAUUCUACAAUCCGCUGGACCCCGUGCCAAAAUAUGACUUUUAUGCCAAAGACACAUGGGCAGGACGUAUCAAAAAAACCAGACCGUCACUGGAUGUUCUGCGCAAACCACCGGAACCUGAUGAUCUUCCUCCACCACCAGAGGAAGAUGGACGGCCCAAAGUCAAGCUUGUUCGCUUUGGAUGGGUUCUGGGAGUCAUGAUUCGUGCUAUGUUGAACAUCUGGGGAGUCAUUAUGUACCUGCGGCUGCCGUGGAUCACGUCUCAAGCUGGACUCAUUCUGACCUACGUCAUUAUCUUCAUGUCUAUCGUCGUGACAACAAUCACUGCAACGUCGGUGUCAGCAAUCUCCACCAACGGGAAGAUUUACUCUGGUGGCACAUACUUCAUGAUCUCUCGGACUCUGGGUCCGGAGCUCGGAGCGCCCAUCGGUUUACUCUUUGCGUUCGCUAACGCUAUCGCCUGUGCGCUCCACACAGUGGGGUUUGCCGAGACCGUCCGAGAUCUUCUCAAAGACUUUAAUGCUCAGAUGGUGGACGAUGUCAAUGAUGUGAGGAUCAUUGGGGCAGUUACUGUCACUAUCCUCCUGUGCAUCACAUUCGCUGGCAUGGCUUGGGAGGCGAAGGCUCAGAUCUUGUUCUUCAUCGCUAUUAUGCUGUCCUUAAUAAAUUAUUUUGUGGGGACAGUCAUUCCCACCAACACAGAAAAGGAGGCUGUAGGAUUUUUCGGCUACCGCGGUGAAAUUUUCGUGGACAAUCUGCUGCCUUCCUUCCGAGGCCCAAAUGGAUAUUUCUUCAGGAUGUUUGCCAUCUUCUUCCCGGCUGCCACAGGAAUUCUGUCUGGAGUCAACAUCUGUGGAGAUCUCAAGGAUCCAACGGGUGGGAUUCCUAAAGGGACCCUGCUGGCCAUACUCUGGACCACCUUGAGCUAUUUACUGAUCUCAGUCACAUGUGCUGCAACUGUUGUAAGAGAUGCUUCUGGGAGUGUGAACGAUAGUUUAGCCCUGAAAAAUUUCACAAACCACUGCACGGGCCUGGGCUGUAAAUUAGGCUGGAAUUUUGACCACUGUGAACUGAACCGCACAUGUAGACAUGGACUGGCAAACAACUUCCGGAUUCUUACCACUGUUUCAGGAUGGGGCAUUUUGAUCACCAUUGGGGUAUUUGCCGCCACCUUGUCAUCAGCGCUGGGUUUCUUGGUGUCUGCUCCUAAAAUUUUCCAGUGUUUGUGUAAGGAUAAUAUCUACCCCUUCAUCGGCUUCUUUGGGAAAGGUUACGGGAAAAACAAUGAGCCUCUACGUGCCUACUGUCUCGCGUUUUGCAUCGCUAUGGCUUUCAUCCUCAUUGGUGACCUGAACACAAUCGCUCCUCUGAUCUCCAACUUCUUCCUCUGCUCUUACGGCAUCAUCAACUUCAGCACCUUCCAUGCAUCAAUCACCCAAUCACCCGGUUGGCGGCCAGAGUAUCAUUACUAUUCUCCAUGGAUAUCUCUGUUUGGGUCUAUCUUGUCAUUUAUCCUCAUGUUUCUGUUCACAUGGUGGGCCGCUCUCGUCACUUUCUGUAUUGUCCUCUUUCUCCUCGGCUAUGUUACUUAUACAAAACCUAAGAUAAACUGGGGCACGUCUUAUCAGGCGGGUUUCUACAACAUGGCUUUGUCCUUCUCGAUGUCUCUGACUGGUGUUGAAGACCACGUCAAAAACUUCAGGCCUCAGUGUCUCGUUCUGACUGGUCCUCCUAAUGUUCGUCCUGCUCUGGUGGACUUUGUGGGGACUUUCACCAAAAACAUCAGCCUAAUGAUCUGUGGGAACAUUAUCAUGGAGGAUGAGAAGUCCAGUUUCCCGCAGCACAGCACCGAUAUGCUGGUGGACUGGCUCAAUCAGAGGAAAGUUCGUUCUUUCUACACGUCCUUCACCGCUGACAAUCUGAAAGAGGGCACACAUAAUCUCAUGCAGGCUUCAGGUCUCGGUAAACUGAAGCCCAACACUCUGGUUUUGGGAUACAAGAUGAACUGGCAAGAAUGUAAACCGGAGAGCUUACAGGACUACGUCAACACCAUCAGCGACGCAUUCGACUCCAACUACGGCAUCACGAUUCUGAAAAUGAUGGAUGGAUUGGACGUAACAGAUAAUUUGCACAGUGCAGGUGGAUCAUCUGCAAUUGACAAUCCGGCAUUUGAUGCAGAUGAAGUCCAAUAUGAAAAGGAUGAGACAGACCGGAAUUCAGAUAUUUCCGACGAUGGCUCGAAUGAGCAGGUCAGAUCGGUGUUUCAGACGAAACAGGGCAGGAAGAGCAUCGACAUCUACUGGAUCUCUGAUGAUGGAGGUCUGACUCUUUUAGUGCCGUAUUUGUUGACCAGAAGAAACCGCUGGAAAAAGUGCAAACUCAGAGUGUUUAUCUUAGGAGACCAGGAGACCAUGAAGGAAGACCAUAAAGACAUGAAGAUGCUGUUAAAGAGAUUCCGGCUGGAGAUCGAGGACGUUGUCAUAAUAACAGACGUGGAUAGAGCUCCUCUAGCUAAAAGUUUGCAGCGGUACGAGGAAACCAUCGCCCCCUUCAGGCUGAGUGAGGAACAGGCUGGAGCAGACGUACAGGAGCUCAAGAGACUGAGUCCAUGGAAAAUGUCCGACAAAGACCUGGAGGCCAUGAAACCAAAGAUUGAGAGGACUCUGCGACUAAACGAGAUCAUCAAGAAGAACUCCGUCAACGCGGCUCUGGUUGUAAUUUCUCUUCCGGUCCCUGAUAUCACCUGUCCUAGUUCUCUCUAUAUGGCCUGGCUGGACGCUCUGAGCUACGGCAUCCAUUGUCCCGCCCUGCUCAUACGAGGAAACCAAGAGAACGUCAUGACCUUCUACUGCCAGUAAAACACUCACAUUAAUGCGACUGUUCAUCCUUAAACACAUGUAUUACUGCACAUUAGUAACAAUGUAAAGAUGCUGAACCUGUUAGUCUGAAAUGAGCUGCUUAUUUCUCUUGAACAAUGACUGUAUUACUACAAAUACAUAUUUAUUUCACAUGCUUGUAUCUUUGAGGAUGAUACAGGUCAAACAGAUUUGGCAGAAAGGAUAGAAUAGAGAUACAGUAAAAACACAGUAGAAUUAGGCUGGUGGAGGGAAGUGCUUUUUCUGUAAUAUAAAUGUGUAAUAUAACCAUGCUUAUUUGUUCUUGCUUUGUAAAAUUGAUCAAAACAUUAUAAUAAUUUAGAAAAUGUUACAUUUUGUCUUCAUUUUAAUAAUAGAUUAUUAGAUUAUUAUUAUGAAUUGCAAGUACAGGUGCAUCUCAAUAAAUUAGAAUGUCGUGAAAAGUUCAUUUUUUCUUGUAAGUUAUUUCAAAAAGUGAAACUUUCAUACAUUUUAGAUUCAUUACAUGUAAAGUAAAACAUUUCAAAAGUUUUUUUUUUUUGUUUUAAUUUUGAUGAUUAGAGCUUACAGCUCAUGAAAGUCAAAAAUCAGUAUCUCAAAAUAUUAGAAUAUUUACAUUUGAGCUUCAUUGAAUGACCAUCCCCACAGUAUAAAUUCCGGGUAUCUCUUGUUCUUUGAAACCACAAUAAUGGAGAAGACUGCUGACUUGGCAAUGAUCCAGAAGACGAACAUUGACACCCUCCACAAAGAGGGUAAGUCAUAGAGGGUCAUUACUGAAAAGUGUGGCUGUUUACAGAGUGCUGUAUCAAAGCAUAUUAAAUGCAAAGUUGACUGGAAGGAAGAAUUUGGGUAGGAAAAGGUGCACAAGCAACAGGGAUGACUGCAAGCUUGCGAAUACAGUCAAGCAAAGCCGAUUCAAACACUUGUGAGAGCUUCACAAGGAGUGAACUGAGGCUGGAGUCAGUGCAUCAAGAGUCACCACGCUCAGACGUCUUCAGGAAAAGGGCUACCAAGCCACUUCUGAACCAGAGACAACGUCAGAAGCGUCUUACCUGGGCUGUGGAGAAAAAUAACUGGACUGUUGCUCAGUGGUCCAAAGUCCUCUUUUCAGAUGAAAGUAAAUUUUACAUUUAAUUUGGAAAUCAAGGUCCCAGAGUCUGGAGGCAGAGUGGAGAGGCACAGAAUCCAUGUUGCUUGAAGUCCAGUGUGAAGUUUCCACAGUCAGUGAUGAUUUGGGCUGCCAUGUCAUCUGCUGGUGUUGGUCCACUGUGUUUUCUGAAGUCCACAGUCAACGCAGCCAUCUACCAGGAAAUUUUAGAGCACUUCAUGCUUCCUUCUGCAGACAAGCUUUAUGGAGAUGCUGAUUUCAUUUUCCAACAGGACUUGGCACCUGCCCACACUGCCAAAGGUACCAAAAGCUGGUUCAAUGACCAUAGUGUUACUGUGCUUGACUGGCCAGCAAACUCGCCUGACUUGAACCCCAUAGAGAAUCUAUGGGGUAUUGUCAAGAGGAAGAUGAGAGACACCAGACCCAACAAUGCAGAUGACCUGAAGGCUGCUAUCAAAGAAACCUGUGCUUCCAUACCAGCUCAGCAGUGCCACAAACUGAUCACCUCCAUGCCACGCCGAAAUGAGGCAGUAAUUAAAGCAAAAGGAGCCCCUACCAAGUAUUGAGUACAUAUACAGUAAAUGAACAUACUUUCCAGAAGGCCAACAAUUCACUAAAAAUGUUUUUUUUUUUUAUUGGUCUUAUGAAGUAUUCUAAUUUGUUGAGAUAAUACACAAGUUUCACAAUUUGAGUUGAAUUACUGAAAUAAAUGAACUUUUCCAUGAAAUUCUAAUUUAUUGAGAUGCACCUGUAUUCUUUUAUCUGCUUAUAAAUGUGAAAAAUAAAAACAAUAGCACCACAUAUCUGAACACUUCAAAUAUACGAAUUUUGCUUCUCAGUGGCCUCAAAAGUGUUGACUUUAAAUUCAUUAAGUGUUUACUUUAAAUUCCUAAUUUACACUCAAUGUCACUGCAUUAGAUAACAAAAUAAAGCCACAUGAGAAAUACACUGCAACACAAAUAAUACAGAAAAUAACAAUGUCAGUGGAAGGUCAUUUUGUGUUAAUGCUCUUAAAUUAUGGAACUCAUUACCCCUUAAUCUCCGUACCAUCUCAUCUUUGUAUGCUUUCAAGAGUCAGUUAAAAACAUAUCUGUUUAAUAUGUACUUUGGAUAAUGGCUAUAUGUUGUAUGUGUGUUUACAACAUGAUGGUUCUGACGAUACUGAUCGCCCAAGGGGAAACGCUUUAAUCCAAGUCAUCAAAAUCUGCAUCUUUGGCCCUCACAAGCAAUGUUAGACUCCCUUGGGAGCAGGGGACCGGCUGACAGAUCAAAACCAGGUGCACUGGCUGAGACUAAAGUGAUGGACAGUUCAAAAUCAGCCACCAUGGCUGAUUCAGCACAGGAUGAUAGUUCAUAGAUGGCCUCCUUAGUCGUGAUAGAACAGGAUGAGAUGUCAGUGACAGCCCUUCUGGCUGCGACAGGACAGGCAAAGAGUUCACAGAUGGCCUCCAUAGCCGCGACACAGGGACAGCCCUUCUGGCUGUGAUAGGACAGACAAAGAGUUGGUGAGUGGAUACCACUGACACCUCCGAAGGUUCUGCAGCGGUUGCCACCACCUAUGAAGGUUCUGCAGUAGUAUCCGUCUCUUUGAUUGUGACCCGACAGGCUGAGAGUACAUUGCUGGCCACCACCAUCGUACAAGGAGCUGAAGCAAGCACCGCUGCUUCAGGAGGUUCUGCAGCAAGUGCCGCCACCUCUGGAGAAGCUGCAGCGGGUGCCAUUGCCUGGGGCAAUUCUGUGGUGGUGUACGCAGCCCAAACACAACAAAGCGAUCCCCAACACGGGAAGCGCUUCAGACAGGGGAAUUAGUGCAGGAACAGGAGGGUUAAAGUGAGCUGGUUUGGGGAUACCAUCAGUGCGUGCUGACACCAGCGGUGGAUCCUCCUCACUGGAUGCCCACUUCUGACGCUUGAUGACAAUUUCCCUUGAUAGGAUAGUGGAGGGUUGCAGUACAACAACCGCAACAGGACGUGGCUCUGGGGUGGUAGACAUGACGUGAAGCAGUUCUGGAAGGUCAGACGAGACACGGAGAGGCUCUGGCAGAUCAGACGAAAUGUGACGAGACUCUGGCAGAUCAGCUGAGAAGUGAUGUGACUCUGGGUGAUCAGCUGAGACGUGACGUGACUCUGGGUGAACAGCUGUGAUGUGAGGUGACUCUGGGUGAUCAGCUGAGACGUGACGUGACGUGACUCUGGGUGAUCAGCUGUGAUGUGACGUGACGUGACUCUGGGUGAUCAGCUGUGACGUGACGUGACUCUGGGUGAUCAGCUGUGACGUGACGUGACUCUGGGUGAUCGGCUGUGAUGUGACGUGACGUGACUCUGGGUGAUCAGCUGUGACGUUACGUGACUCUGGGUGAUCAGCUGUGAUGUGAGGUGACUCUGGGUGAUCAGCUGUGAUGUGACGUGACGUGACUCUGGGUGAUCAGCUGUGACGUUACGUGACUCUGGGUGAUCAGCUGUGAUGUGAGGUGACUCUGGGUGAUCAGCUGUGAUGUGAGGUGACUCUGGGUGAUCAGCUGUGAUGUUACGUGACUCUGGGUGAUCAGCUGUGACGUGACGUGACUCUGGGUGAUCAGCUGUGAUGUGAGGUGACUCUGGGUGAUCAGCUGUGAUGUCAGGUGACUCUGGGUGAUCAGCUGUGAUGUGACGUGACGUGACUCUGGGUGAUCAGCUGUGAUGUGAGGUGACGUGACUCUGGGUGAUCAGCUGUGAUGUGAGGUGACUCUGGGUGAUCAGCUGAGAAGUGACGUGACUCUGGGUGAUCAGCUGAGACGUGACGUGACGUGACUCUGGGUGAUCAGCUGUGACGUGACGUGACUCUGGGUGAUCAGCUGUGAUGUGAGGUGACUCUGGGUGAUCAGCUGUGAUGUGAGGUGACUCUGGGUGAUCAGCUGUGAUGUGACGUGACGUGACUCUGGGUGAUCAGCUGUGAUGUGACGUGACUCUGGGUGAUCAGCUGUGAUGUGACGUGACUCUGGCUGAUCAGCUGUGACGUGACUCUGGCUGAUCAGCUGUGUAAGGAUCCACCCGCUAGUCCAAAUCCAGCGGCCUGGUCGAAGGUUUAAUGCAUGUUCGGUCUUUUACUUGCGCUUCUGAAUUUAUCAGGAUUUAGUUUAAAUUUUGAUCUAGCUCCAAUUCUGAUCUGACUCCAAUUCCAAGUGAUCAUUAAAUUUAGACUGUACUUCUAAUUAAAAACUGAUCACAAAUAGAAGACCAUGAACCGGAUUCGUGACACAGACAGUCUACUAAUACUUUAAUGACUGCUACUUGACACGUAGUUGCAAUUAAAGUUACUUGCUGUUAGUAGAAUGUCUAAAGUGGACUAUCGAAAUAAAGUGUUACCUGUGUUUA